UACAAGUGUACAAGCCAUAUCAAUCUUUCCUCUUGAGUUCACUAAGAUUUCGCCAAUGCCGCCGCCGCCGCCGCCGCCGCCGCCCGGGAAUGUUGCGGAGGAGCAGCCAUGGGAGUACACGCUGCGGAAGUACCUCCUGCUGCUGGCCACGCUGGUGGCGACGGUGGCGUACGGCGCCGGGUUCAGCCCGCCGGGCGGCGUGUGGUCGGACGCGAAGGACGGCGUCCACCUCGCCGGCGACCCCGUCAUCAGGGACCACUACAACGGCCGCUACCUCCUCUACUUCUACUGCAACGCCACCGCGUUCGUGUCGUCGCUCGUCGUCAUCGUCCUCAUCCUCCUCUUCGCCGUGCUCCACGAGAAGCGGAACGUGCGGGUCACCGUGAUGCCGCUGCGCGCGGUCAUGGUGCUCGACCUCGUCAGCCUCAUGGGCGCCUACGCCGCGGGGACGUGCCGGGACAGGACCACCACCACGUUCACCGUCGUGCUCGUCUCCCUCGUCGUCGUCUACGUCGCGCUGCAGGUGGUGCUCGCCUCGCUGCCCGCCGGCGAGCACGACGGCGACGAGCACGUCGUGAAGGAGAAGUCGCGCAAGGUGCUCCUGCUGCUCGCCACGUUCGCCACGAGCCUCACGUACGUCGCCGGCCUGAGCACGCCGGGAGGCUUCUGGUCGGACUCGGACGCCGCCGCCGGCCACCGCGCCGGCGACGCGGUCAUGGGCGACAGGCACCCGGCGAGGCUGACGGUGUUCCUCCUCUGCAACACCACCGCGUUCGUCGCGUCGCUGCUCGUCAUCGUGCUGCUCCUCGACCGGAAGCUGCGCGACGGCACGGUGCGCGCCUGGGAGCUGUACGGGUGCGUCCUCGUCUCGCUGGCGGGGCUCGUCGGAGCCUACGCCGCCGGGAGCUCCAGGGCGGCGCACACCACCGCCUACGUAGUAGCUCUGAUCGGCGCUGUCCUCGCCUACAUUGCCAUCCAUCUGGCCGUCGUCGCGUGCGCCGCGCGCGCACUUAGCAACACCGGCAUGUCGGAGAAGCUUGCUGGGAUGUAUUCUUCGGUGAAAGAACGGCGAUAUCAUCUCAGGCAACCGGCCCGAGAAUUAGCCCAGGCUAAUGAUGACAGGGAGAAGCUACUGAACCAAGCUCUAGAGAAGGCUCGCUCUCUUGUUCUAUUGCUCGCCACUCUGGCAGCAACCAUAACUUACCAAGCAGUGCUUGACCCGCCGGGUGGUUAUUGGCAGGUUGACAAGGAUGGCCACAAGGCUGGUGACCCAAUUCUCCUAACAAUUAAUGCUAAGCGGUAUAAGACAUUUUUCUAUUUCAACUCAACUGCCUUCGUGGCAUCCUUACUCGCCAUCAUCCUGGUGCAGAGCAAGUCUCUGCUUAAGCGCCAUGCACUGGAGGCAGCCAUGAUUUUAGACUUAUUUGGGCUCAUGGGUGCAUAUGCAGCUGGUAGCUGCCGGGAUGCAAGCACCUCCAUAAAUGUCAUGGCCAUAGCUGGUGCAGUGCUGGUGUAUGUGGUGAUCCAUAUCGUGUUCUUCACACUAGAUCACAAUGAUGGCAGUAUGCUAGGUGAAGACAAUGCACUGCUGGAAAAGAGGCGCAAGAGGUUGCUCCUUUUUGCGAUCUUAUGUGCAACCAUCACCUAUCAAGCUGGGCUAACCCCGCCAAGCGGCUGCUGGCAAGAUGAUGAUAAACAACAUGGUUAUCAUGCAGGUCACCCAGUCCUCUUUAGCAACCACCCACGCCGUUACAAAGCCUUCUUCUACUGCAACACAACAAGCUUCAUGUCAUCCAUCGCCCUUAUCAUACUCUUGGUCAAUCCAAAUUUGUAUAGGCCAGCCAUUCAUAGCUAUGCGCUCUCUGUUUGCAUGGUGGCUGGCAUGUUUGGUCUCAUGGGUGCCUAUGCUGCCGGAAGCUCACAACAUAUGCGGACAUCCAUAUAUAUCUUCGUUUUGCUAUUCAUUUUUCUGGUCUUACUUCUUGUAGCAUUCGUGGUGCACCAGAAAUCUCAGGGCACGCAGAACAGGAGAACAAAUGAAGCGGAAGUACCUAAUACGAAUGACAUCAAGCGUAAACAGUACACCAAGCGCAAGAACUUGAUGCUACUGGGGAUUCUAGCAGCGAGUGUCACCUACCAGGCCGGCUUGCACCCACCGGGUGGCGUGUGGCAGAGCAAUGAUGAUGCUGGGCAUGCUGCGGGUGACCCAGUCUUGCAUGACAAGCAAAAGCUACGGUAUCACGCCUUCUUCUACAGUAACUCCAUUUCCUUCAUGGCGUCUAUCAUUGUUAUCAUCUUGUUGUUGCCAGAGUCGCUAAAACUGAAUGUCAAUGAGUGGUUGUUGAAGGCAAUGAACACGACAGUUGUUCUCGACAUGAUUGGACUCCUGGUAGCCUAUGGUACUGGCUCUAGUAGGGAUUGGGACACAUCUGGAUAUGUCAUCGCGAUGGCAAUAUUUGUUCUAGGCUACAUUUCAAUCCAUGCUAUGCUAUCGAAGUUGAGCCAGGUUGCCAACCAUCGUGUUGCUUCUGAGGAUCCUGAGUCUCAAGUACUUGGUAAUGGUUUGCAUCAGGCGCGUGGGGUCUGUGUGGGACUCCAUCCAUCCAUCAAUGUUGUUCAGUGAGAUGCAUUUUCAGCCCAGUAAUUCUACAUACUAGUUGUACUAUCAAACAAAUGAUGUACUAAUGUACUACUAGGUUUAUAAUUUCUCUGUUUUUCUACUUUUUCUAUGCUUGUGUUCUCCUAAUUUCCUCUAUGUCUAUCUUUGCCAAUAAUUAUAUCCAUAUCUUUAGAUAACAUUUUUCAUCUGUUAUACACAAAUGCUAUGUGCUUAUAUAUGGCCAUUUUCUAUGGUUUGUUUUCUCUAUCUACUACAUCUUUGUUCUUAAGCAUCCUUGUCUCCACAUCUAUUCGAUCGAGCCAUCAAGGUAGAAUUGUGGGAUUAUUGUUUGUUGGUCUAGUGUUGGACCUGUAUGUUUAAUACUCCUUCCAGGCUGAAAAUAAUUUUCGGUUUGGACAAGAAUGUUUUUGAACUUUAUAAAUUUUGAUUAUGGAUAACUUCUAGAAUAUUACUUGGAGACCAUAUGUAUAGUGGUCAAAGUUAUUUCUUGGAGACUGUAUAUCCUUGUCCAAAAUGACAAUUAUUUUCAACCAGACGAGAGUAUAUAUAAUUUAGCAACUAUGUUGAGCUAGUAUUUAUUCUAUGACAAUAUUUUGGGAUAAAGGAAUAUUUCUUUCCCCUCAGUCAACUUCAUGGGCAACACAUGCCCUAGCAACAGCCACCCCUUGAAAGUGCAUCUAG